CAAAAAUGUUUCCAAAACAAGAGGGGUGCCAAGAUAGAAGUUCUUUGACUUUCAGAGCUGCACAAGGACAUAAAUAAUCACCUGCUUUGCACUGGGCAGAAGGAUGCCUAAACCUGGUGGUUGAUACGUGAGCAAAAGAGGUCAGCACAGGAAAAGUACGCAACAGAAGGGUAGAUGGUGGCUCCAGACUCCUCUCAACUCACAGAGCGAUCACUGGCUGGGAAGCCUCCCCCACUUCACGAUGGAUCCCCCAGGGCAAACAGGUGCCCUGCUGCCCCCGGAGCCCCUCACUCACCUCGGCCGGCUGGAGAGCGCGGAGGGGCGGCUGCGGAGCCGAGCGGAAGGCGGGCGGAGGACACCCCCGUGCUGCUGGUACAGAUCCAAUCCAGAUCAACUUGACCAUCUCCGGGAUGGAGUGCGUAGAUAUCUGCAGCUCCCAGCUGACCAGACUGUGCUUAUACUGCAUGCAAAAGUCGCACAGAAAUCAUACGGCAGUGAAAAAAGGUUUUUCUGCCCCCCACCUUGUGUUUAUCUGACUGGACCAGGUUGGAAACUGAAGCAGGAACAGAUAAAAGCGAGGGAUGUGGGAGAGGCUGGUUUCAGGGUGUGCGGGUACAUGGGGCUGGACAGCAUGGGCAGCAGCCACAUGGAGACCCAGAAACUCAACUUUGAGGAGCAGCCGGACUCCAAGGAGUUCAGCUGUGCCAAAGCACUCUACAUCUCAGACACGGAGAAGAGGAAGCAUUUUCGGCUGGUUCUGAAGCUCUUCUUCAGCAAUGGGCAGGAGAUCGGCACUUUCUACAGCAAGCUGAUCAAAGUGAUUUCCAAACCCUCACAGAAGAAGCAGUCCCUGAAGAACACAGACUUGUGCAUCUCAUCUGGGUCCAAGGUUUCCCUCUUUAACCGCCUCCGCUCCCAGACGGUCAGCACCCGUUAUCUGUCCGUAGAGGGUGGCACCUUCAUCGCUAGCGCAAGGCAAUGGGCAGCAUUCACAUUGCACCUGGCGGAUGAGCACUGCACCCGGGGUGAGUUCCCACUGCGGGAAGGGUACAUUCGCUACGGCGCCGUAGUCCAGCUCAUCUGCACAGCCACCGGCGUUACCCUGCCGCCCCUGAUCAUUCGGAAAGUCACCAAGCAGUACGCCAUGCUGGAUGUGGAUGAGCCCAUCUCCCAGCUCCACAAGUGCGCUUUCCAGUUCCAGGGCAGCGACGGGAUGUACCUGUGUCUCUCGACCGAGAAAGUGAUCCAGUUCCAGGCGACUCCGUGCCCAAAGGAAGCGAACCGUGAGCUGCUGAACGAUGGCUCCUGCUGGACGAUAAUUGGAACGGAGACUGUGGAGUACACGUUCAGUGACAGCCUGGCCUGUAUUCAGGAUCCCGUGAGCCCAGUCCCACUUAUAGCCAUGCUGGAGCUGACUGGCGGAGGGGACGUGGCGAUGCUGGAGGUGCAGGGCGAGUAUUUCCAUGCAGAUCUGAAAGUCUGGUUUGGAGAUGUGGAAGCUGAGACUAUGUACAGGACCCCCAAGUCCUUAGUGUGUGUUGUCCCUGACGUCUCGGCAUUUGGCAGCGACUGGCGAUGGCUGAGAUACCCCAUCACCGUCCCACUCUCGCUCAUAAGGAACGAUGGGCUGAUCUACUCCAGCUCGUUCACAUUUACGUACACCCCAGAGCAGAGCUUCCUCCCUGCCCUGCAGGUCCUUCCAGAGCUGACACAGGACUCCGAUACCUUACUCAACAGCAUCCAUCAGGAAUUCACUAGGACCAAUUUUCACCUCUUCAUGCAGAGCUAGCAAGCCUGGAAUGGUGGAAGAUCUUCAUAGAAACAGGACUUGGAACAAGAUCUGUCAGCAUCCCUGAAACUGACAUUAACACUGAGAGAUGGGUACAAACAUCCCUGUGGUCUGUAGGAUCUGGGGUUAGCCCCCUCCCAAGUGCUCUACUGUGCAUAAAUACCCCAUCUAUUCUUUUUAGGUUUGUUGAGAAUUGUUUCAGAAGGAAGCAUCACCCUGUGAAAUUUACUAACAAAAUGAACAAUACAUCCAUGCCUCAAGGAGUGUUUAACUGGUUCAAAUGAUCUUUUUACUAGACAUUUUGCAGAUGUCACGGUUUGGCUCUUUAGCUGGUGUAAAGUGGUGCCAUUGGUUUCAUGGCUUCAUAGAUCUUAAGGCCAGGAAGGUCUAUUGUGAUCACCUAGUCUGACCUCCAAGAGCUUUUCACCCAGUAAUUCCUGCACUGAGGCCAUUGAUUUCAGUGGAGUGAUAUUGAUUUAUGGCAGCUGAGAAGCUGAGCCCAAACGUGCUUUUAUUUGCAGCCCCUACUGGGGUUAUUUCUUUAAAAGUAGCACAGUCUGAGGUGCCCUUACUAGCCCUGUCAUCUCACGCACACUUCAAUCUCUGCCUCAGUAGCAAGUUGCUGAGUUAAAGUUGCCUUAAGGAGAAUCCAUGUUUCAUGGAACUGGAGCUCUGAGUGCUACACACAAGUGGGCUUUGAAGCUCUAUUUAGAGUCUUCAGAUCACCACGGCAUCAAAAGGCCUAUGGUAUAUUUUGAAACACGCUGUUUUGGCAGUUGCGGCUGAUUUAGAAGUGACUUAAUUGCCAAAGCCACACUGGCUUUUAACCUACACUGAACUCUGGAAGGUUUACCAGGAGGCCUGGAAGAAGCAUGCUGCUGUCUCGUGAGCUACAGAAUCCUGGGCGGGCUUUGCAACAGAUGGCUCUUUCU